AUGCCCUUGGCACCGCAGGCGGCACAUCAGCUUUACGAACCGUUCCGGGGUCUUUUCAAUGACUCCGGGCAUGCGAAGGAAUACCGACAGAACAAGAUGCGGUUCAACCGUGAGCCAUGGAGGGAUCCCGCUACUGACCCGACUAUCGAGAUGGUUGAACGCGAUCGCGACCGCAACGUAGAGCGCAUCUACAAUGCGAUGGUCAGCGGCGAUCAUGCUAGAGACAACCCCAAAUCAACCGCGCGGAAGAGAUGGAUCGAAGAGCCACAUUACCAAUCCGACUUGGUGGAAGCAUACGCGCACAAGGUGUUUGACUGCCUGCUCGAGCAGGUCAGGAAAGGAUUCCGCGGUUGGCAGCAGAACGAUUAUGUCAACGACGAGCGCAAGGGCGAGGACGAGGACAAGGACACCGACUGUGCCGGCCGGCUAGAUAAUAUCGUCACCGCCCUCGCACAAGAGAAGUGCAUUUGCGAGAACGUCAUGUGCUCGGCGUGGCAGAUCCGCAUGUUUGUCAACGCACCCAAGGCAUAUUCCAAGCGCAAGGAUCAGAACCGAGUGGGGAAUAGCAAGAGGCCGAACGCCAAAGGUCACAGUGUACCUGAUGACAAUCCGCGCGCAUCGAAGAGGGCUCGUACCAGCGCUGCUCCACGGACCGGACAGGCGCGUGGUCACUCUUCACCAGCUUCCGAGCUGCCAUUGUCGCGUGGAAACACACCGCAAGAGUCCUCGGGACAGAUAGGCUCACCGUACUUCACUACGCCAGUGGCCCAGCGAAUGACGGCCUUCAGCCCUCCGUCUAGGUUUCUAGCACCUCAGGCCCCGGCCAUGCGUCCUCCACCUCGAUCAUAUCAUACCUCGUUCGACCAACGUCACAUCUCCGCAACAUCGCCUCCUAUGCAGUCAUCGUUCACACAAGCGCAGACUCCACAGGGUCAACCUCUCUCACCGAUCACCUCAAUCUCACCUACUCAGCAUUCGCCAUUCCCACCCCCGGCGAUCCCACGGAGCAGGUUCUCAGCUUCGGCUAGCCCCGACGACGUUAAGCCACCGCACAGGACCACAGACCCGUUCUUCAGUCCAUGGGGACAUGCAAUUCGGUCAGAUGCAGCCUCUCCUGACGUGUUCGCACGCUUGGAUCCAGUCGGCAGCUCGGAGUUCCCAGGAGUUGAGGACUGGCAGCACGGUGUGGAACCCUUCCCACCAGACGACGCGUCGAGCAAUGCCAACCUCUUCGCGCAACAUCCUGAGAUGGGUGUCUGCCUUGCCGAUAUGGAACUUUUGCCCGCGUUCACCGUGAAUGACGUUGUAGGCGGGAACGUCUUCGACCCCUGGCAGCACCAGGACAGCGGGCACUGA